AUGAAUGAACUUUACGAGAAGCUCCUUCAACCCGAUUACUUUGACUGGAGUGAGGAAUUCAACGACGAUAACGAUCUACACGACGUAAUGAAGAUGACUGAAUAUGCUGGAGAUCAAGUCACCCAGAGAACCCCUGGAAAGUCCAACUAUCAAGAGGACUCGAGCGACAGAUCAUACGAAAGGAGCGACACAGGCCACUCCGAUAGCCACACCUGCUCUUACCAGACUCAACAGAGUCCUUACUGUGUCCUAUGCGUGGAAAGUGCGAUUGAUGUUGAAUUCUCAUGUCGUGAAUUAUCCACGGAUCGUGAUGAUGAGAUUCAUCAUUAUAAUUUUCAUGGUGAGCCAGUGAAUGUGCAGAGUACCACAUCUGCAGAAGAAUCACUGGUCAUCAUCCUCAGCACGCCGAAGGAUGGUUUUAAGCAUAAAAAAGGCCUACUUAUGCGGUCUCUGCUGAAUUGUGCACAUGUGUUCUUGGACCCUGUGAUACUGUUUCUUGACCAAAAUGACCAGGUGCUAAAACUACGCGGUACCGCGUUGGUGGAUGCAACUGAAGGGAGGGUGAAUAAGUAUUACUCUCCCCAUGGAACGUGGUUCUCAGCAGAAGUGGUCAAGGAGGAGAUAGUGCUAGACUAUGGAGAUCAGCAGCAAUAUCGAAAUGCUAAUCUCGCGGUCGCAAAUGGGUUUUAG